AUUGGUUAGGUAUGUUUUUUUUCUUCUUUUUUCAGUUCUUGUUAGAAUUUUACAUGAAACACGGCUGAAGUUGCAACAAAUUAAACUGCUAAAAGCCGGUUGAAAAAGGAGUGAUUGAAGUUGGAUAGUUCUCCGCUGAGUGUAUGCAGUUUACAUAAAAAAAAACGGCAGCCGUCGAGGCAACAUCUCUGUGUGUAUAUCUAUGUUUGUGCUGCUAACGACAGAAGCUAAACCUUUAGUUCUCUGCGAGACGGUCAGAAGCAGUAGCCGGUCACCGGCUUUUGGCUGGAAGAAGGGAGGCAAUUUGAAAACAGCACAGUUCAAAACGAGAGAAGAGAAAAUGGACAGGGCAGUCAGUCUCCCCAGCCAACCAGAAAAGGUCACCACAGUGAACCUGGUUGAGACCAGCACGGCCCCCAGUGGAAUGGAACUGGUCAGCUCCUAUCAGACCAACAGAGUGGGAGACCCCAUGGACCUGGUAGCCCUUGCGGAGCAAGUGCAGAAGGGGGACGACUUUAUUAAAGCCAACGCUUGCAACAAACUGACAGUAAUCGCUGACCAGAUCAGGUACCUGCAGGAGCAGGCCAAAAAGGUUUUAGAAGAAGCAAAGAGAGACGCUGACCUCCACCAUGCUGCCUGUAAUAUUGUAAAAAAGCCAGGCAACAUGUACUACUUGUACCAGCGGCCAUCUGGACAGAAAUACUUCUCCAUCAUCUCCCCUAAGGAGUGGGGACCAAGCUGCCCUCAUCCGUUUCUUGGUGCAUUCAAGCUUCAGCAUGACAUGUCCUGGACUCCUGUGGAUGAGGUGGAAAAGAGGGACGCAGAGAUCGCCGCCAUGAGCAAACUGCUCAGCCACCAAACAGCCCUACCUCCAUGUACAGGACCCAACUUCAGAGGUCUAGACGAAUAAAGUCUCGUUUAAACUGGACCAAAAGUAUGAUUGGUAUAUACAGAUACAUGUCCCACGCAGGGACUAAAAAACUGCUAUCAGUGAGUCACCGAUUUGUCUUAAGCUGCCAUAAAUGCAUAAUGGCGUAUUUUUAAAGAAUGUGUGUUUUUCAUUUUCUGGAAAAUAUCAAACCGGGACUCAGGAGAGUGUGUGUGUUUAACUUAAACUGUUUGGAAUGUUUUUACUGUGCUUGUAUUUGACCAAUCAUUAACACAAGCCAAUGAUUUACAUCGGACAGCCUCUACAGCAGUCGUACAUCAACGCACUUUGGAGACGGAGAACAACUUCAGAGAAUAGAAAAGGUGCAGUUUGUAAGUCUAUUUCUUUCUGGAAUUCUGUUCGAAAAGUAAAACUCGUGUUACACACAAUUCAUUAAACACAGAGAAAUGCAUUUCAAGUGUUUACUUUUCUUAAUUUAAUUUCUGGUAUCAAGUUGACAAAAACCCCAAACGGAGUUUUUCAAAACAUUGAAAAGUUGCAUCAGGCUAAUAAAACCAGAUUUUCUUACAGAAGCAUCUGCACUCAGCACUUGGUUAGGACUCCUUUUGAAUGAAAUACCUCAUCAAUGCGCCGUGGCGUGGAGGCAGUCAGCCUGUGGUUCUGCUGAGGUGUAAUGGACCUUCAUCUCUGCUAGUUCUGGUUUGUCUUAUUCUUCCCAAAAGCCCAUAGAUUUUCUGUGGGGUUCAGGUCAGGCCAGUUUGUUGGUGUUAAAAUGGUCGUUAAACCAGCUUUUGGUAAGUUCAGUAGUGUGGGCAGGUAUCCAGUCCUGCUAGAAAAUAAAACCGGCAUCUCCAUAGAGCUUGUUGGCAAAGGGAAAUGACUGCGGACUUCAGAAAACCCAGUGAACCAACACCGGCACACGACAUGGCAACCCGAAUCACCUGUGAAAACUGCAGAGUGGAGUCUGUACCUCUCCACUCUUCCCCCACACUCUGGAUCUUGAUUUCCAAAUGAAAUACAAACUUUACUUUCAUUCGUUUUGCGAUGUAAAGGUCUUUGAACUGCCCUGUUGCUGAAAUGUGCUGUACAAAUAAACCUGAUUGAUUUCAAUUGAUUGAUCUGAAAGGAAAACUUUGGACUACCAAACCAAAGUAUAGUUCUUUUUCUCCAGGUCAGGUAAGGCACUUCUGACUUUUGUCUCUGGCUCAGGACUGGUUCCAUACAACGAACUGUGUUGAUCUGGAAUCAGGCUGGAGUCUGAGAUUUUUCAAUGAGCUUUGCUUUCCAGUUCUCUUACAUCUGCAGUAUGUAACUGUUCUAUUAAAAAAACAAAAUUUAAAUUUUAGGGCUGUCGACGUUAAUGCGUUCUGAAAAUUUUAACACUUUAUUAUUACAUAAUGCAGAUUAAUCAAAGAACCUACUUUGACCUGAGCCUAAAUUUCAAAUUCCCCCCAUUUUUAAAUUUGCAUUUACAAAAAAAAAGGUAGUCCUCUGAAGAGACAUUACUUGUACGUACAAAACCAAAAGGAAAUUAGAGAGCCGACUGACACUUCCCCCAAAAUGAACCAACUCUUUACUACCAUUUUCUUAUUAAUAAUCUAAUAUUCUUGCAUGUUGAGGUUAACAUAAGGUUCCCAGUUUGGACCAUAGGACUGUAAACUUUUUCAUCUCUAAAUGGUCUGAGAAUGUUAAUCUUUCCAUCUCAUAGAUGUCAUUAACACAUUCUGUCCAUGUGUUGUGGCGUGACUGUCGGCUAGACCAUUUCUGCGUUAA